GUCCGACUCGGCGGCAAUUCCACAGUAAGAAAAAGGGCAAAGCAGCUAGGGUUUUUGCAAAUACAGACAUUCUCGGCCUACGAUUACUCUCCUCAGUAUUCAAUUUCGUCUAGAUUCACAAGCUAACUACGCCUCUGGUAUUUGUCAAGGUAUCUUCGUAGUUAGAGAAAGAAUAGGAACGAAAUGGAUUAUGAUGUAGCUGAACAAAAUGUUGCCGUAGAAGAGCAGGAACGAAACGAUGGUAGUGCAGGACAUGAAUUAAAGCAUUCAAACGAUGAUUCUUCUGCAGGAAAGCUUUUCGUCGGCGGCAUUGCUUGGGAGACUAGAGAAGAAUCUUUUAGGAAGUAUUUCAGCAGUUUUGGAGAGAUAACAGAUUGUGUAAUAAUGAUGGAUAAGGUCUCUGGAAGGCCACGGGGAUUCGGAUUUGUAACAUUUGCGGACCCAGAAGCUGCAAAUAAGGUUUUAGAGGAAGACCACGUCAUAGAUGGUAGAACGGUGGAAGUGAAGAGGACAGUACCUAAGGAGGACAUGCAAGUUAAAGGAGCUCCAAAAACAAAGAAAAUUUUUGUCGGCGGUCUUCCAAUAUCUCUAACUGAAGAUGAGUUGAAGGAAUAUUUUUCUUCUUAUGGCCAUGUUCUGGAGCAACAAAUCAUGCUGGACCGCGAGAGUGGUCGAUCCCGAGGAUUUGGCUUUGUUACUUUUGAUAGUGAAAAUGCCGUGGAAAAGGUUUUAAACAAUGGCCGUAUGCACGAAAUCCAUGGAAAACAAGUUGAAAUUAAGAGGGCUGAGCCAAAAAGAGCUGGUGCUGAACAUGCAAAUGAGAGCAGGCAGCAUCGUGGUGGCAGUGGUUCAAGAUCGUAUAAUAGCUUUGGUGGGUCUGAAGCCUCGUAUGGUGGUGGAUAUGGUAGAGGGUAUGGUGGAUAUGGCGGCUAUGGCGACGGCGGCGGCUAUGGUGGUUAUGGAAACAUUGGAGGAGGUUAUGGUGGAGGUGGGGCAGGAUAUUUCUCUGGAUAUGGUGGAUAUGGUUAUGGAUUUGGGUUUAGUGGACCUAUGUAUGGGGCAGCUGGAUACGGAGGCACUAGCUAUGGUGCUCCUGGUAGCUAUGGUGGUGCUGCUGGGUAUGCUGGCGGCAGAGGAUAUACAAGCGGUGAUGAUGCUAGCUGGUAUGGUGGGGCUAGAGGCUCUGUAUCUUUCAAUGCUAAAGGGUAUGACACUGGGGGUAGCACUGGAGGUGCUAAAGCAUAUGGUAAUGGUGGUGCUGCAGGCGGAAGGUUUCAUCCUUACAGGAAUUGAGACCUUCCUGACGAGUCUAAUUUUGCAAUUGUUUUGACUACUCUUGGUUGGCUCAAGCUAGAUGUAAAAUCUUUGCUGCUGAGUUUGUUUUCUUUGUGGUUGACGGUUCAGUUAGAUGUAAUCUGCUUAUUUUUUUUGAGUAAACCAUCUGUAGAUUGUAUUAGCAUACUGAUCUGCGUGAACUGUAACCCCCCAGUCUCUUGACUCAAGUUAUUUUGGGAAGGAGUUACAAACUUUGUAGUACUAGUCUGAUAUUUGGAUGAUAUAGUUGCUUCUACCUACAGGGGCAAUUGGUUGGCUGGUAAAUUAGAUAUGUACCAUAGAUUUCAAAUAUUUUUCAUUUUAUUUGAAAUUUAUGAAGUUGGAGUUGAAGA